AUAUUAACACCUUGCCCCUAUGACAUGAAUCCACUAAUGGUGCAUUUAAUGAUGGAGUAUAGCAUAUGCCUACUAAAUUAGCGUGUUUACAACAUCUCCCUCUCUGGGGCUUAGAAUUCUUGAUGAGCUCGUAAGUGAGCCAUAUUUGCGCGCUCCAGCCUCACAGUGGCAAUUCACUUUCCUCACUUUCCUCAAGCCUAUCGUAUAAGCCGGACCUGUAGGAACAGCUUUGAACCGGUUUGUUUUCCGUCAACAAAGCAGUAUACAACUGAUAGUAUGCGCGGAUCUGAUGCUGGUGCGUGCGGCAUGGAGGUACUCACAGGUCUGUGCACACGGACCUAGGCGUGCGCCGCGGUCCGCAGAUAUUUCGGUCAUUUUCUUGUAGCAUAGGCUAUUUGCUCCAUACAUAGGGAUAUUACCAGGAAACAGUCCUCCAUGGCAUCUGCCUGUAGGCUAACGUGCCACUAUCUUGCAGGUGUCGAUUGUUAUUUUUGUUGACGUAGUGGAGGUAAGACGCAUGUAUUAAGCUCCUUAUUUCUCCAAAAACAUGUUGCAAGCAUACCUGCGUUAUCCUUCAUGCAGUCAAAACACGUUACAUUUAAACGUGCUAAAACAAGUCGCAUGUAUAGAUUGGAUUGAGUGAUGUGUUCUUAUUUUUUUGAGGGUGCUUACAAGUGUGUUGUUUAUCAAGCUAAAGAGGCGUCCACCCAAUUACGCUUUAAUGACUGAGGUGCGUAACUUUUGCGACUGUUCCGCUGAUCAGCUUUGGCGAAAACAGAGGGGGAUAGUGGGGUUGGCAAGAUGCUGCACCACUGCAGAAAAAGUUGCUUGCAUUAACAAAUUAUUCAUGAACUGGCAUAAAAAAAACUGGAAACGGGAAACGCCCCUCUAAGUCCAGGUCCAGAUCAGUUAGGAAAACAUAACGAAAGCAGGUGAAAGAACAUGGAAGAAGUAGGCUGUUCGGUUUCAGCUCUCCCCUCCUUUAAGGUGUGGUCAGAUUGAGGGAACAAAAAGGGCCAAUGUGACGUGGAACGAUGCAGUCAGUUUAGGACACAAGACAGGUUGCCUGCCUGGUUGACCAGGCAAGAAAACUGUCAGCCUUCUGUACAUCAAGGCUUUGCUGAACCCCUCCCAGUUUGUGGUGGUAAGAGUGAAGCGGGCAGCAUGACUUCUCAGAUCUCAGUGAAAGUGCUGGACGGAGGUUGGGGCUGGGUCAUCGUCAUGGCCUCCUUCAUGGCCCAGUUCCUGGCCUACGGCUCGCCCCAGUCUGUGGGCGUCCUGUACCCAGAGUGGCUCAGUGCCUUCCAGGAGGGCAAAGGCAUGACUGCCUGGGUCGGCUCCCUGGUCUCUGGGGUGGGACUAAUAGCCAGUCCUGUCUGCAGUGCCUGUGUGGACAACUUUGGUGCUCGCCCUGUGACCAUCUUCAGUGGUAUUAUGGUGGCAGGCGGUCUAAUGCUCAGUGCCUUUGCCCCCAAUGUCCAGUUCCUCAUCUUCUCUUACGGGAUUGUUGUUGGCCUUGGCUGCGGUCUUGUCUAUGCUGCCACGUUGACCAUCACCUGUCAGUACUUUGACAAGAGACGCGGCCUUGCCCUUGGCAUUGUCACCACAGGCACCAGUGUGGGAGGGUUCCUCUAUGCCACUGUUCAGAAUGAGCUGAUCGUGCUGUUUGGCCUUCACGGCUGCCUGCUCAUCAUCGGAGCCCUGGCUCUCAACCUGAUGGCUUGCGCAGGCUUCAUGCGACCUCUGAAACUUCCAGGUUACUACCUGAAACAGAAAGCUGCCCUGGAGCGAAACACCGAAGAGCAGAUCUUUGAGAAACCUCCCGCGGAGGACCUGAAGAUCACACCGGGUUCCUCAGAGAAAAACGAGGUGGUCAAAGAGCUUCUCAUCACCAUCAAUACCAAAGACCUCAGCCAGGUCUCCUCCGUGGAGAAGAAAGGAAGCUUUCUGUGUGGCUCGACCAUCGUGAGAGUCAUCAAAGAGAAGGGGCAUGCAUACGGCAAGUACAUGCACUCCACCGCCGAGUUCCUGCACGACCGGGCCUUCGUGGCCCUGUGCGUCGCCAUCUUCCUCUUCAGCCUGGGUGCCUUUCCUCCAGUGCUCUUCAUGGAGGACGUAGCCCAGAGCGAAGGCCUCAUCGACGAGGUCGCCAUCAUUCCCCUGGUUUCCAUAGUAGCCAUCACCACCGGCAUGGGGAAGCUUGCACUGGGUGCUCUGGCAGACGUAAGGUGGAUAAACAGCCUGUACUUGUACGGCUUCACGCUUCUGGGCACCGGGAGUGCUCUGCUCAUCAUCCCCCUCUGUAAGAGCUACCUGGGCCUGCAGAUCCUCUCCGCUGUGGUGGGCUUCUUCUCUGGGAACUGGUCUCUCACGUCAUACAUCACCACCAAGAUUGUGGGCAUGGACAGGCUGACACAAGCCCACGGAAUCCUCAUGUGCUUUGGGGGGUUUGGGAUUGUGCUGGGACCACCUGUGGUUGGGUGGUUCUUCGACUGGACACAAUCGUAUGACCUGGCGUUCUACUUCAGCGGAGGCUGUGUGGUCCUUGGUGGGUUCCUGCUCUUCCUGUGUGUGUUGCCAUGCUGGGACAGGAAGAAGACAAACAACAACCGACCAGACAUCCAGUACACCAGCAACUGUGACACAGUCGCUUCUGUAGCUUGAGCACUAAUCUUCUUAGCUACUUCUGGUACAAAUAUGUUCUGAUGAACCUAACAUACUCUGGAAAGAGUUUGCUCUGUGUGGCAAACAGAUUUCAUUCUGUUAAACCUGAGGGGAAACCUGGAAUUUGUAUUCCAUGCUGAAUACCUUUGAAAAGAGUUCACAUGCAUGUGCAUGGGUUUGAGUUCAUAUGGAUUGCCUUAUUUUACAGGGCCUAUCCAACAACAUGAUUGAUGACAAGAUUAAUACAUUACGGUAUGUUUACUUACAGAAACCAGUUGUGGACCUUCACUGGGUUCAAACAAAAAAUGGUCUUUGUUCUAUGGUUGGCCCUGUGGAGAUACAUAAACCAACCUGUGGACAUGUCGGUUAUCACUGAAAACACAGUUUAGAUUGUUUUACCUUUUUAAAACCAUAUUGCCAAGCAAAGUUCCAAUUCCAAAGAUUAGCUCGGGAAACAAUACAGGAAUUAGAAAUGAGGGAAUGCACUUUAAAGUACCAUGUUGUUAGACGCACAAAAUCGUCUUUCUUUCUUGUUUUUUGUUCUGUUUUUAUUUAUGUUUCUUUAGAACUUCCCUGUGUUACCAAAGUGAGAUUAUGGUGGAUAUCUAUAAACAAGUAAUGCCUGAUGAAUAAUUCAAGCCUUGCUUCAAAAGAAUAACCUUAAAAUGCAUUUGUCCUGUACUGUACUUGUACUGUAUUUGGCUUUUGAUGUUUAAAAUGGUAUGUGCGUGUAUAGCCUGGGACAGUUCCGCCUUUGAACAGACUAAGAACAUAUGAAAAGGCCUUGAUACAGGAACAGACGUGGACCAGUUGUCCGGUUUGUCUCUAUUACAGCACGUUGGUUUUCCCUGAAGCAUGCUGACCCUGUUUGCUGCAUUACAUCACCAGGCUGGUCCUAUUGAUUACAAGUACUUUUAAAUUAUGUUUUGGUGUGUGUGCGUGCGUGUUUGUGUGUGUGUGCGUGCGUGCGUGUGUGCGUUUGUGCGUGUGUGCGUGUGUGCGAGUGAGUCUACCCACAAAGGUGCCAUUAUUCCUUUUUUUAUUUUGAUAUAGCCCUUUUUUGUAAAGUCUGCUCAAUGUAUGUUUAUAAGCUUUUAAAUGCACUGAGCCGGGCAUAGAGUAGAACAUUUGUCAUUUUAUUAUUGGAAUACGUAACAUUUCUAAGGAAUAUAAUACUUUUAUUACAGGCCUAUUUAGCUACUCGUGAGUUAAACAUAUUCAGUAACAUUUUCUUCAGGUCUAAGACUUCUAAUUCUCAGUCUUAAGACAGUAGCCUACAGUGUCUAAAUGAAGUAUGAAGUAAAAUGCUGUGACUUGCUGACAGUCUUUAUCAUUUUAAACCAGUUCUUAUUAUUUGGCAAUGUUACAGUUUUUGUUUGCAUUCUAUUGUUCUGUUUUAUUAGAACUGUAAUUUUCUAAAAUAAUAGCCUAAUAAAAAAAUAUUUACAAAAAAGCAAA